AUGAGUGUUCUCAAGUGCAUCCAAGGAAGAAGAACAAUCAGAAGUUACGUCAAAGACUUUGAGAUCCCAAAGAAAGAUAUUGAUCUCAUUGCAAAUGCAGGUUUAACAGCUCCUUCUUCAAUGGAUAUUCAGGGAGUCGAUAUUGUCGUUGUCACAAAUAAAGAAAAGUUAGCUCAGAUCUCUGAUGCAACAUUCAAGGGACUUCCUGAACCAGGACAAAAGCAUUUCCAGCAACGUAUCAAUGAAUGGGGUGUUAAGAAUCCUGUCACAUGCGAUGCACCAGUUCUUUACCUCUUUGUCAAGAAUGAGAGAGCUCAUAAGGACUACGUUCAAAUCGAUUGUGGUUUGAUUGUUGAGUCAAUGAUUUUGCUUGCAGCUGAUAUGAGUUAUUCCACAAUGACAAUUGGUGCUGUUGCACUCUCUGAUCUUUCUGAGGUCCUUAACAUUCCUAAGGGAGGUGUUAUUGUCGGCCUUGCAAUGGGCAAAGCUGCUCCAGAUUUGAAGCUCCCAGAAAGACAAAUCAAGGGAAAGAUUACUCAUAUUGACUAA